AUGGACCAAGAUCAUUACAACCAACCCUACUACUCCAGGCAAGUCGCCGGACAGCCUUCGCAGGCCACAACUGCCGCCGGCACCCCGAUGCGCCCAGGCACUCCCGAGACGGGUCGCAACCCGUUCAACGACGGUGCUGAGUCGCAAGCAUCGCAACGCCCUGGAAUGGGCACAAACCCCUUCGGCACUCCCGCCGUCUCUCGUCCUGCUUCAAGCUUCGGCUCAUCGAGUGCCAUUGGCACCCGUUUUGAUGAGCGUUCUCAGCGCUACUUCCACUCUAGACGUAUCCGCAAGGAGGAUGUGGAGAAGCCUUGGCUGGACAAGGCCGACCCCAAGGAGAAAUGGGUUACCAUCAUUCCCAUCAUCGGCAUCCUGGUUGGCCUGGGAAUCUCGGGUUUCCUCAUCUGGGACGGUAUUCGCAGUGUCGUCAAGCACAAGUACUGCCCCGUGCUCAUCGAGGACUUCAGCUCCGGCAACCUCGACAGCAAGAUUUGGACCAAGGAGGUCAACGUCGGUGGCUUUGGAAAUGGCGAAUUCGAGUGGACAACCGCCGAUGAGGAGAACAUUUACUUCAAGGACGGCAACCUCGUCAUUCACCCUACUCUCACCGAUAACCAGAUGAUUGAGAAGGACACCGUCGUUGACCUGCUCAAGGAUGGAACUUGUACAUCGGACAAGUUCACUGACUGUGUUGCCGCCACCAACACUACCACCGGUAACGCCACUAUCGUUCCUCCCGUCAAGUCUGGUCGCCUCAACACGAAGAAGGGUGCGACCAUCAAGUACGGACGUGUCGAGGUCGUCGCCAAGCUUCCCAAGGGUGACUGGCUCUGGCCCGCCAUCUGGAUGAUGCCUGUUACGGAUACCUACGGUGGCUGGCCUGCCUCUGGAGAGAUCGAUAUUAUGGAGUCUCGCGGCAACAACUGGACCUACGAACAGGGUGGCGACAACAUCAUGUCAUCAGCUUUGCACUGGGGACCUGACCAGGCCAACGACGCUUGGUGGAGGACCAACAACAAGCGCCAGGCUCUUCACACAACCUACGGAGACAACUUCAACACCUUCGGUCUCGAGUGGUCUCAGAAGUACCUUUUCACAUACGUCAACAGCCGCCUGCUCCAGGUCAUUUACACCAACUUCGACGAGCCCAUGUGGCAGCGCGGAGAUUUCCCCCAGGCCAACUCCAAUGGUACCCGCCUGACGGACGUCUGGAGUCAGACCGGUCGUCCCAACACGCCCUUCGACCAGCAAUUCUACCUCAUCCUCAACGUCGCCGUCGGCGGCACCAAUGGAUGGUUCGAGGACGGCAAGUCCAACAAGCCGUGGGUCAACACCAGCCCCAACGCCAAGAAGGAUUUCUGGACAGCGACCGACCAGUGGUUCCCGACCUGGACCCAGCCCGAGAUGACCAUCAAGAAGGUGUCCAUGUGGCAGCAGUGCGACGGCAACGAGGAGCUGUAA